AUGAAAAGUGCUGCACCUGUCUAUGAUCACACGCUUGAGAUUAAAAAGGGUCUUCAAAAGAACGAUUAUUUAGGUGGUGGAUUUGAUCAAAAUGAUUUCAAUAUGCAACACUUUGAGAAUUUUAAUAAUGAGUUUAACAACAAUUUUCAGUCUGUCCCUUUUGGAAAUGAACAGACCAUGGUGAAUCAUGUUGAUAAUUCUGUGUUUCAGUAUCAAGAGGUUCUUAAUGCUUUUGCACUCAGGAUGCAAAAUGCUUAA